UGUGAUUUUCUGUUACAAGGCAAAUAUGUGCAUUGAACACUUGUACGUAGGAUUUAUAGCCUAAGUGGACGCAUAAUUGACAUUGCCUGGGAAGACACUGCACAAAAUGAAUGCUUCCUCAUUGCAAAAUUUCUCUUCACGCGCUGGGAUUCAAUUAUUAAUCUGAUGUUCCUGCACAUGAGUCUACAGGAGAAACCUCAGGUAUGCUAACCUUAUGAAAUACUGAGACUCCCAAACCAUGUAUUACAAUGUCCAGUUUUGAUGACUAAUAUGACUCAUUGACUUCAGUUAAUUUGAGGACUUUGAAAUGCUUACUCUGGUUGAUCUUCUACAGAAACUUAAAUUUUGUGUACCACGUUCCCAACCAAAAUAAUGUUAUAUUCUUAUUACCUCCCACUCAUGGAUUGUCACUCCUCUAUAAAAGGACCUACAGUGUAUUCUAAUCUAGAAAAGUCCACAGCCUCUAGUCAUCUCUCAAGCCCAAGCCUAGCCCCACCUCUACUGAUGUCAGACAGCCUUGACUAUAUAAGCUAAGAAUUGAGUGUGAGAGUCUAUGGACACAAAACGUUUCCUGAAAAAGUGUACAACAGUGCUCAGUAAGACCUGGAUAAAGCAGGAGAAAAGUGUGACACAAACCUGAGUCUUCAUGACAGCUGUACAAGGAAUUUCAGCAUUGUCCUUUCGUCAUUGUCGCUUUUUAAGUGGUGGAACGUGCUCUGUGCUCCAUCAACGUGUAAGAAUUAGGGAUGAUCAAACCAGAGAAGAACUGAAAAAUCCAUCUAAUCAACGGGAGGCCUCUAAGGAGUCAGGUGGCAUCUCCCCCCUGGUUGACCGUUCCUUGGUGAGGAGGGAUAUUCGAGCCUUCUUAAGAGAAUGUGGUGGGACACCUAAUGAGGCACGUCACUGGCUUGCACAAUUCCAGGAGAUGCAUUCCAUUUACCAAAAGGUCUUUGCAGUUGUUGAGGUGGAUGAAAAUGUGUUCAGCUGCAAGAGGUCCUUGACAAGUGUCGCAUUCGCCCUGUCUUUUCUCCAGAGGAUGGAUAUGAAGCCAUUGGUGGUGAUGGGUUUACCCAGCACAUACUGUGCCCGGCCUUCAGCUCAUGAUGCCAAGUCUUUGCUGGUCCACAACUGCCAAAGUUUGGUGGAUUCCAUCCAUACCAACUCUGGGACUGCUUUGCCCUUUUUCAAUGGAGGAUCUGUGCUGAUGGCUCGUGAACAAGAUGGCUGCUAUGGAACAGUUUCAGGGGUGGACACCGAACUGCUCACUUGGUGCCUCAACUCUGGUAACAUCCCCAUCAUCUGUCCUAUUGGAGAGACACCUUCUGGCCGUUCUGUUCUUUUGGACUCCUUGGAUGUAACCUCAAGCAUCUCACGGGCCUUAAAUCCACUUAAGAUCAUCUUCCUCAAUACAGCUGGUGGUCUGAAGGACUUGAGUGAAAAUGCUGUAGGACACGUGAAUCUUCCAGCAGACUUGGAACUGAUGAGGAAUGCCGUAUGGAUGAGCGAAAGACAGCGCAGGCAAGUGACUGUCAUUGUGGAUCUCCUGAACCGCCUGUCACCUUCUUCUUCUGCUGUCAUCACAUCAGCCCAAACUCUGCUUAGCGAGCUUUUCAGCAACAAAGGUUCUGGGACCCUUUUUAAAAAUGCAGAACGAAUGUUAAGGUUCGAUUCCCUCCAGGACAUAGACACAGAUCGCCUGAUCUCCCUGGUGAACACAUCCUUCCAGAAGAAGCUGAAGGAGGAUUAUAUCAGCAAUGUGGCGAAGCGAAUGCACUCGGUCUAUCUUUCUGAAGGGUAUAAUGCAGCUGCUAUCAUCACCACAGAACCCGUGCUGGGAGGAACCCCUUAUAUGGACAAGUUUGUGGUCAGUUCUGGGAGACAAGGGCAAGGGUCUGGUCAGAUGCUGUGGGAGUGCGUGCGACAAGACCUGAAGACUCUGUUCUGGAGAUCAAGAGCCACUAAUCCUAUUAAUUCCUGGUAUUUUAAGAACAGCGAUGGCAGCUUUUCGAACAAGCAGUGGAUAUUUUUCUGGCUGGGUCUGGCAGAUAUCAGAGAUUCAUAUGAACUUGUGAACCAUGCUAAGGGCCUGCCUGAUUCAUUCUGCAAAAGCCCCAUCUCCUGACAUAGAUGGAUGCCACCUGCUGGACAUUCGUCAGUACUACAUCCAUACCACACUUCCAUACAAAUGGAUAUUUUCUAUCUCUAUGUACUGUAUACACGUAUAGGAAAUAUAACUGGGGUGGUUAACAGAUUAAUUAUUUUACACCUAUGUAUUUAAAGUCUUAUUGUAUGUCUGUGUAACCUAUACUGUGAACUUUAUAAAAAUAUCUGUAAUAAGCUUGAUAUGAUGCUGUAAUAUACCCUUAUCAUUGACCAUGACCUUUUAAAAUGUCCUAUGAGACACAUUUAACUGCAUUGUAUAAAAUAUAUAUAAUAAUUAGCUUUCUAAA